AUGACAUUGGUUUUGUCUGGCGAAUCGGAUGGGUCGUUACGUGAGCAUCUGUUGGACGUGGAUGUUUUAUCCGGUCAGGAACCAAAGAUUCGUGUUAGAGAUCUGACCCGAGUCUCCGAUGAUGGAUCUCUGAUUCUGAGAGGAGUUACGAUUGAUAUACCGAAAGGUAUGAUCGUUGGAGUGAUUGGUCCUAGUGGAAGCGGAAAGUCAACGUUUUUGAGAUCUCUGAAUCGUCUCUGGGAGCCACCGGAGACGACUGUUUUCUUGGACGGACAAGACAUUACGAACAUCGACGUCAUCACUCUCCGUCGUAGAGUCGGAAUGCUUUUCCAGCUUCCUGUCCUCUUUGAAGGGACUGUUGCGGAUAAUGUGAGAUAUGGUCCGAAUUUGAGAGGGGAGAAGUUAAGUGAAGAAGAGCUUUACAAGCUGCUAAGUCUUGCGGACCUCGAUGCUUCCUUUGCGAAGAAGACUGGUGCGGAGUUAUCUGUUGGUCAAGCACAACGAGUAGCACUUGCGAGGACUCUAGCCAACGAGCCUGAGGUGUUGCUGCUGGAUGAGCCAACAAGCGCUUUGGAUCCGAUAUCAACUGAGAACAUUGAGGAUGUUAUAGUGAAACUGAAGAAACAGAGAGGGAUUACUACUGUGAUUGUGUCUCACAGCAUCAAGCAGAUCCAGCGAGUUGCUGAUAUCGUUUGCCUUGUUGUUGAUGGGGAGAUUGUUGAAGUUCUCAAACCUAGUGAGCUUUCCCAAGCUAGGCAUCCAAUGGCGAAGAGAUUUCUUCAACUCAGCAACUGA